AUGGCAAACGAAGGCUUGAUUUCCAAGUCGCAAGCCAUCUUGAGCUUGAAGCCGGAUCUUGUCGAUCAGCUUCUUCACCCUACGCUGGACCCGAAAGCCAAAAAGGAGGUGAUAGCCAAGGGCCUUCCUGCUUCUCCCGGUGCCGCGGGGGGCAAGGUUGUCUUCUCCGCUGACGAAGCAGUGCGACGCUGCAAGGAUGGCGAGAAAGUCAUCCUGGUGCGUAUUGAGACAAGCCCUGACGACAUCCAUGGCCUGCACGCAGCAGAGGGAGUCCUCACCACUAGAGGUGGCAUGACGAGCCACGCUGCCGUGGUAGCCCGCGGAAUGGGCCGGCCAUGUGUGGCGGGUGCGGGCGCAAUCACCGUGGACUACGCUGCAGCCAAGCUUACAGUGGGCGCGGUGACUGUUUCGGAAGGCCAGAUCCUCACCAUUGACGGCGGCAGCGGGGAGGUCAUCGUUGGCGAGGUUCCCACUGUGCCACCCCAGCUUUCUGGAGCCUUCGGCACCAUGAUUGAGUGGGCGGACGAGUUCCGAGACAUGAAAGUCCGAGCCAACGCCGAGACGCCCGCAGAUGCACGGCAAGCCAAGGUAUUUGGUGCGGAAGGCAUUGGUUUGGUCCGCACUGAGCACAUGUUCUUCGACGGGCAGCGAAUUGUCGCCAUGAGGCAGAUGAUCUUGGCCACCGAUGAGAGCGAUCGUCGCCAGGCACUGGACAAGCUGCUGGUCAUGCAACGGCAGGACAUCAUUGAGCUUUUCCAAAUCAUGGAUGGCAAUCCCGUCACGGUGCGCUUGCUGGAUCCUCCUCUGCAUGAGUUCAUCCCGCACACCGAAGCGGAGAUGACACUGGUGGCCAAAGCGGCGGGUGUUCCUCUGGAGCGGGUCCGGCGACGUGCUGCGGAGCUGCAGGAGGCCAACCCCAUGCUGGGCCAUCGCGGCUGCCGGCUGGCCAUCACCUAUCCGGA